GUGGACGGGGAAGGGAAUGCCGGGUAUGGGCUAAGCGGGGUCCUAAACAGGAGCAUCGCGUUUAGGGAUUACGGGAUCAGACCUGACCUUGGACGGCGUCCGUCCAGCGAUUGUCAUAAAACCGUUCGCACGACUUUCUUGCCACAGACGACCACCGCAUCCGCUCGACAUGCCCAAAGCCUCGCCCGGCAGCGACCAAAACCAGUCUCACGCGCACGGCUCGGGUAAGCAGACCGCCCCCAGCCUCAAGCGCUACCAGGUGUGCUGCUACAGACCUAGAGACGUCUCUCGUGUCGCAGCGGCUGACUUCGGGUUCGUAGGCAUGCCAUCAGUGUAGAAAGCGCAAGCUGGUGAGUGGCUCCUGUAUAAGACAGCUCGGGUUGACACCGACC